UUCAGAGCAUGGAUGGAGAAAGGUGUGUGCAGCAGUAGCACCGACUCCUGGGUCUGCAGGGUUGUCCUGAUUUUCAGUUGAAUAAAGAACAAAAGAAAUGGCGUCUGCAAGAUCACUGGGACAGCGACGCCGGAGCUCGCUAUUCCGGAGCCGUGACGAGGAGGAUUGUGAAAAAGUACGCGCUCAAGAGGACGGAUCCUCUGCUUUUACGCAGCUCGGCGGCGUGCUCGGAGAUGCGGGAGACGGACUUGGGAACGUCUGUGCUCAGGAACAGGUCAAGACCAGCCUGCCGCGUCCCAAGGUGAUGAGCGCCGAGGAGCGCGAGCGUCUUCGCGCCCUUUUCCACGCCUACGACGCGGACCAGUCGGGCAGCAUCGAGAGGGGCGAGUUCUUCACCAUCUGCACCGAGCUGCACGUCAGCCCCACCGAGGCCGAGCGCAUCUUCAACCAACUGGACGUGGACAAGGACGGCACCAUCACCAUGGCCGAGUUCAUCAACGGCUUCCACGACCGACACCAGCAGCCGCCGCCGCCGCCGCCGCAGGACGACGAGCAGGGGCCGAGCACCGCCGCGUGGGAGGACUUCGUGGCCAGGCUGGGCGAGCAGAGCAAGUUCGUCCCCAAGCAGGAGCAAGUGGCGACGCUGUACCACAACAUCAGUAUGAAUGAGCCCAGGCUUGUUCCGCAGCUGGAGAAAGUUCUCCUCUGCUUCACCAAGGAGAUCAAGCAGCAGAACUCUGAGAUGGAGAACCUAGCAUUGGCCAUCAGGCGUGCGCAGGACCAAGCCUCCAUGCAGCUCAGCGAGAUGGAGGAGGAAAUGGACCAACGCAUACAUGCUGCUGAGAGGAAAACACGAGCCCAGGAGAAGAAGCGAGCGGAGGACGAGCUCAACGAUUUGAGAAGAGGUUAUGAAACUGAAGUGUGUGAGCUCCAGUGUAAGAUCCAGAGGAUGCAAAUGAUCGAGGAGAAGUACAAGAACAUCACCGUGAAGGACGAGAGUCCCGGCCUGAAGAAGAAGAUCAACGAACUCACACUGGAUAAUCAGCGGUUAAAACAGGAACUGCUCAGAUCUCAGACCAAAGUGGCGUGUCUGCAGAGCGACAUGGACUCGCUCAAGAACGAGCUGACAGACCAAAGCAUGAACUCAGAGAGAGACGAGGAGCUCAUGGAGCAGUUCUCUGACGAGCGCGACAUCCUGGAGAGUCAGAUUGACAUCCUGCAGACAGCCAACAGGAAGCUCCACGACAGCAACGACAGCCUGAGAGCUGCAUUGGAGAGGCUCACUAAGUCCGGUAACAGCGGGUCAUCGGGUAACACAAAGAACCAAGGCAGAAGUAAAAGCAUCUGUUACACUUCCCCGUACGCUUUGGACAGGUUCUGCGAGCGCCCGGACGACUACCCAAUAUUCGGCCGCCGGCCCAGCAGCGACUCCUUGGCGUUGGCGCUGUGCGACCCGGGGCUGCGGAGGCGCAACAGCAGCGAGUGCGAGGAGGACAGUCUGCCCGAGAUCUACAUGGACAGCGGCCUGUCCACGCUGCGAGGAUCGCACGGUGGUUACGACUCUGAGCAGGAAGCCAAAGGCCUAGAAGAGGAGGACGAGGUGGAGGAUAGGGGGAAGAAGAAAAUGGAGUUCACUGACAGCCUGAUUGAAGAAACGUCUGACGCUGAGCCACCAGAGACGCAGGAUGUCGAGUCAGCAUUUGGCUCGGAUGGCAGUUCAGUUUUGGACUGGAAGCCAUCUGAACCCAUUCCCGUAUUCGCAUCUGUGCCCCCGCCCACACCGGAGGCCCCACCCACACCGGAGGCCCCACCCACACCGGAGGCCCCGCCCACCCGAAAACCCAUCAGUGCCAUCAGCGUGAAGCCACCAGAGACGCAGGACGUCGAGUCGGCAUUUGGCUCAGACAGCAGUUCAGGUUUGGACUGGAAGCCAUCUGAACCCUUUCCCGUAUCAGCUUCUGUGGCCCCGCCCACACCUGUGGCUAUGCCCACUCGAAAAGCCAUCAGUGCCAUCAGCGUAAAGAAGGAGGGCAGGUCCGAUCUUGGCUACAUGACAUCAGAAAAGGCCUACAGGAUUGUCCUGGCGGGGGACGCCGCUGUGGGAAAGUCCAGCUUCCUGCUUCGUCUUUGCAUGAACGAAUUCAAGAUGAACUCCAACGCAACCCUCGGCGUUGAUUUCCAAAUGAAGACGCUUGUAGUGGACGGAGAGCCCACUCUGUUGCAAAUUUGGGACACCGCCGGACAGGAGAGAUUUCGCAGUAUCGCAAAGUCGUAUUUCCGGCGAGCGGACGGUGUGUUGCUGCUCUACGAUGUCACGUGCGAGAAGAGUUUCCUGAGUGUGAGGGAGUGGGUGGACAUGAUUGAGGACAUGUCUCAGGAGGACGUCCCCAUCAUGCUGAUUGGUAAUAAGUGUGACCUCAGACAAGAAGCAGCCAACUGUGUCCCCACCAGCUAUGGAGAGAAACUAGCUAUGACAUACAACACUCUCUUCUGUGAAACCAGCGCCAAAGAUGGCUCCAACAUAGUGGAAGCUGUGCUGCAUUUAGCCAGGGAGGUGACCAAACAUGCCACGUUUGAUGAAAAGUGUCACUCUCAGUCACUGCCAAACUUGGACGCUCCCAGGAAAAAACCCAACUUCUCCUGCUGCACUUGAUCGACUCGUCAGGCCUGGACUUUUUUUUAUUGGGCCCGAUGAGGACAAACGGGAGAUGGAAUGAGACAGAAUGUUAACGGGACUUCAGUGAAAUGAACAAGGCUUUUGCACAGGAAGCGGAAUUGCAGCAGAAAUUUUUGCUUCUCCUUUUUGGUCAUUCCAUGCUUUUUUUGGAACGUUUGCCAUCAUCUCGUGUCGCUUAUUUCGCGCAAUGUUUGCAUGCAUGAAGAGAUGUCGUCGCAGAAGGAAAGAGGUGUGAAGGCAAGUAGCGCAAAUGCUUUGAAUUAUGGCCACGGCAACAGAACCAAUGUUGCAAUAAUCAGCCAGCGUUAACAGAACACAUUUUUACACCAACUGCAACCCAUUUUAAAGUGCAUUCAGAGGUCCAUAUAAGUCACUUUUUUUUUUUACCUCAAAUAAUGCUCUGGAGUGCAUGAGAAAGGGGGAAAAAUAGCUGUUUUUGACUAAGCUGUCAUUAGUUUUAAAGUAUUAGUAUAUAUAUAGUAUAAAGUAUUGGGGGUGUAACGGUACACAAACAUUUCGGUUCACGGUUCGGUUCAUUUUCCGUACAGUAAGAAAACAACAAAAUAUAAAUGUUUUGGUUAUUUAUUUACCAAAUUUGUAAACAAUGGCUUUAUCCUUUUAACAUUGGGAACACUAUAAUAAUUCUGCCCACGUUAAUUAAUCAACAUUAAACUGCCUCAAGUUGUUGCUCAGAUUAAAUAAAAUGACAAAACUUUUCUUCUACAUAUAAGAAGUGUAACAUUAAACAGUUUCAAGUCAACUCAUCAUGCUUAAUUUAUUACAGCAUUUGGGAAGCCUGUAGUUGAUUUUUAUUAUGUAAAUGUUAUAUUUUUAUGAUAGCAGGGACCCUGCCAUUCAAAACUAGGCUGCUCCUGUUACGAUCCGCUCCAUUACUAAUGAUUAAUGUAACUAUAGCUGAAAAAAUGGUACAAUAGCAAUAGGAGAGACUAUUCAUCCCUGAACACCAUGGAGUUCAUGUAGGCUUAAUGAUGCAGUUACAUUAUUAUAUCAACGAUCAGAGACAGAAACUCUUCAUUUAACAUAAUGUCCUUUUUUGCUGCUUCAACACAGCUCAAUCAACACAGAAAAAGGUCAAGUGAAAUAACAGACAGACAGGGCUUUGCUAUCCGUAACGCACACACACACACGCCGCAAAAUGAGCUAACAUUACGCUAAAAGCGAAUUAGCCUUCACCUCAAGCCAGGACUGCGAGCGAGCUGAGCUGCCUUUUAUAUUUCUAGAAGGUCAACGGGCUCAUAGUGAUGUUACUAGUAGUUGACUGGGAGGUGUUUAUUAUAAUUUGGGGAGAGUCCGCUGCCUGAUACUUACCUGCUAAACGCUAAGCACUGACUACAUGCGCUCUGAAUACGCACUGCUGAUUGGCUGUUACCGCUCUGUUUGUAACCAAUCAGAUGGUUGUGUGGGUGGGACAAUGCUGGGUGCUGUGUAGAGGACUGACAGAGACAAGAGGCAGAAAGCGGAGCAGCUUGUUAAGACUUUAGCUUAGGCGGCUACUUCAUAUGUUCGCGUGGAAACUCGUUCGGUACACCUCCGAACCGAACCGAAGCCCCCGUACCGAAACGGUUCAAUACAAAUACACGUACCGUUACACCCCUAUAAAGUAUAUAUCUGUUGCACAACACCGCAGCAACAGAACCAACGUUGUAAUAAUCAGGCAGCGUUAACAGAACACAUGAUUUUUACACCAACUGCAACCCCUUUUAAAGUGCAUGCAGAGGUCCAUAUAAGUCACUUUUUUUUACCUGAAAUAAUGCUCUGGAGUGCAUGAGAAAGGGGGAAAAAAUAGCUGUUUUUGACCAAGCUGUCAUUAGUUUUAAAGUAUUAGUAUAUAUAUAGUAUAAAGCAGUGGUUCUUAACCUGGGUUCGAUAGUACCCUAGGGCAGUGGUUCUCAAAUGGGGGUACGCGUACCCCUGGGCGUACUUGAAGGUAUGCCAAGGGGUACGUGAGAUUUUUUUUUAAAUAUUCUAAAAAUAGCAACAAUUCAAAAAUCCUUUAUAAAUAUAAAUAAAAACCUAUCUUUUUUUCCAAAUAGUUCAAGAAAGACCACUACAAAUGAGCAAUAUUUUGCACUGUUAUACAAUUUAAUAAAUCAGAAACUGAUGACAUAGUGCUGUAUUUUGCUUCUUUGUCUCUUUUUUUCAACCAAAAAUGCUUUGCUCUGAUUAGGGGGUACUUGAAUUAAAAAAAUGUUCACAGGGGGGUACAUCACUGAAAAAAGGUUGAGAACCACUGCUCUAGGGGUUCGGUGUGUCGGGCUCAGGGGUUCGGCGGAGGUCAAAACACACCCGACUCAUCGUGUAAAUACAAACUUCUACCUAUCGGCGUAUUACGGAUACGGCAACAGCUGACUGGUUUGCAGGUGUGUAAUUUGUUGUGAGUUUAUGCACUGUGUUGGUUUUGUUCUUUGAACAAGGUGAUGUUCAUGCACGGUUCAUUUUGUGCACCAGUAAAAAAAACAUGGUAACACUUUAGUAUGGGGAACAUAUUCACCAUUAAUUAGUUGCUUAUUAACAUGCAAAUUAGUAACAUAUCGGCUCUUAACUAGACAUUAUUAAGUACUUAUUAAUGCAUUAUUCGGCAUGGCCUUUUUAUAACCCUAACCCUCUAACCCUGACCCUAACCCUAACCAAAUAACUCUAAAUUAAGUCUUUAUUACUUAGAAUAUGUUCCCCAUACUAAAGUGUUACCAAAAACAUAUAACUUUGUCUUGAAUUUGAAAAAAAACAUCAUUUUAUUUUCCACUAAAGAAGGGUUCGGUGAAUGCGCAUAUGAAAGUGGUGGGGUUCGGUACCUCCAACAAGGUUAAGAACCACUGGUAUAAAGUAUAUAUCUGUUGCACAACACCGCAGCAACAGAACCAAUGUUGUAAUAAUCAGGCAGCGUUAACAGAACACAUGAUUUUUACACCAACUGCAACCCAUUUUAAAGAGCAUGCAGAGAUCCAUAUAAGUCACUUUUUUUUUUUUACCUGAAAUAAUGAUCUGGAGUGCAUGAGAAAGGGGAAAGAGCUGUUUUUGACCAAGCUCAAUCAAUCAAUCAAUCUUUAUUUAUAUAGCCCUAAAUCACAAGUGUCUCAAAGGGCUGCACAAGCCACAACGACAUCCUCGGUACAAAGCCCACAAAAGCUGUCAUUAGUUUUAAAGUAUUAGUAUAUAUAGUAUAAAGUAUAUAUCUGCAGCUACAGAACCAAUGUUGUAAUAAUCAGCCAGCGUUAACGGCGGUAUAGCUCGGUUGGUAGAGUGGCCGUGUCAGCAACUUGAGGGUUCCAGGUUCGAUCCCCGCUUCCGCCAUCCUAGUCACUGCCGUUGUGUCCUUGGGCAAGACACUUUACCCACCUGCUCCCGGUGCCACCCACACUGGUUUAAAUGUAACUUAGAUAUUGGGUUCCACUAUGUAAAGCCACUAGAGAAAAAGCGCUAUAUAAAUAUAAUUCAUAACACAUGAUUUUUACACCAACUGCCACUGAUUUUAAACUGCAUGCAGAGGUCCAUAUAAGUCACUUGUGAUUUAUUUAUUUAUUUAUUUUUUUACCUGAAAUAAUGAUCUGGAUUGCAUGAGAAAGGUGUACAAAAUAGCUGUUUUUGACCAAGCUGUCAUUAAUUAUAAAGUAUAUUCAGUGGCCUUGUGGUUAGAGUGUUCGCCCUGAGAUCGGCAGGUCGUGAGUUAAAACCCCAGCCGAGUCAUACCAAAGACUAUAAAAAUUACCUCCCUGCAAGGGUUGGUGGAAUUGGGGGUUAAAUCACCAAAGUGAUUCCCGAGUGUGGCCACCGCUGCUGCUCACUGCUCCCCUCACAAGGUCGAUGGGUCAAACGCGGAGGGUAAUUUCACCACACCUAGUGUGUGUGUGUGUGUGUGUGACUAUCAGUGGUACUUUAACACCGCUGCAACAGAAUCAAUGCUGCAGAAAACUGCCUCGUCAGCAUUAUUGUGGCGAUUAGUUCAUUGUAAACGCACCAUUUUUACACCAGCAACUCAGCAGAAAUAUUUUAAAGCACAGAUAAAAUAUUUUAAAGCACAGAUAAAGGUAGAUAAUAAAUGUUCUUUAUUUUUUUAAUUUUAUUUUUUAACAAUAAUAAUUUAAUACAGACCAGAUGCUUUUGCAGGCCUCACACCUGGCGACUAUAUGAACGAUGAUGAAAUGGAGGCAUGUAUUUACAUGAUGUGCAGUAAACAUGACUCGUACCAUGAAGAAUCAUUUACUCUUAAAACAUGUUUUUAAGAACAAACUGCUGAUCUGUGUCAAGACUUUUAAAAAGUACUCAUUUGAACCUGUUCCUGUGUCUGCCCUACAGUGUUACGCUUCCAGCACAUUCCGAGUUCAUCUGUGUGAAUGCUUGCAAUAUUAAUAGUGAUGGUCCGAGAAAGUGACGAGACGGAGAAGACAAGUUUUAUCCCAGCAGGCACAAGACAUGAAAACAACGUGGAGAACUUGUCCAGUUAAGUCCUGACGGUGAGGAACUCAAACCUAACGUUGAAACAACGUGCUUUUAGACGACGUUUAAUCAAUGUCGGGUUCUGACGUUGAUUUAGCCAUUGAAUUUUGGUCAUUUCCCAACAAAUAUUCUACAACACAAAUACAACAUUAAAACAACAUGCUUUUUGAUGUUUAUUCGAUGAAAUUUGGUCAUUUCCCAACAACCAAAGUGGAUGUGGUAGCGUGGCCGAGCGGUCUAAGGCGCUGGAUUAAGGCUCCAGUCUCUUCGGAGGCGUGGGUUCGAAUCCCACCGCUGCCAACAAUUAUUUUAUUUUUUUUACCAUGAAUUGAUUUACGUGGACUUAAACAAGUUGAAAAACUUAUUGGGGUGUUACCAUUUAGUGGUCAAUUGUACUGAAUAUGUACUGUUCUGUGCAAUCUACUAAUAAAAGUUUCAAUCAAUCAAUCAAUCAAUCCAACGUUAGACAUCAACGUUGUCUCAAUUUACAAUUACGACUAUUUUGCAACAUAACUUCAAGGUCAGUUUUAAAGGACAUGUGCGUAUAAUCAAGGUUGUAUCAAUGUCUCGUGCCUGCUGGGGUUAUUUCAUGAAGGCGCUUUGUCCUCAGCUUCUUAUCUGUUUUAUUGUGUUGAAAUGUGUCAAGUAAA